CGAGCCGCCGCCGUACGCCACGCGAAGCGUGUCCCGAAGCGUGCUCGGUUUGUGCUCGAGUUCUUACAGAGUCUUUCGAAGGAAGAAUUUCAUUUCAUCGAAGCGAUCGCGUGGAGUAAAUUAUCUCGCGUGUCCCGCGGCGCGAGUAAGAGGUUUUUGCUUGCCGAUUGAGAGCGAGUAAGGAAGGUGUGUGUGCGUGUGUGUGUGUCCGCGAGUGAGUGUGGCUCCACGGCGGUAAGGAUAGUGAUUUUAAAUGACCGCCAAAGAUUUGUGUCCCGAUGGAAUGUUCCAUUCGCCGCAAGUGUUGAUCGUUUUAGUAAAUAUUUGUCAGAACUUUGUGGGAAUCUGGUAGUGAUAAGUGUGUCAAUUUGUAUGUUGGACGUGACGGAGCUUCAGUUUUAAUAUUUCUAUUGACUGGGCGAAAGUUAAAUUUACCAAAAGCCCGCUUGCGCGAAACAUGGAUUCCACGUAGGGAAUCGCACUCGAAUUAUCGAGAGAUCGCGUGGAGAACGGCAGAGGUGGAGAGGAAAGGGGUGAGACCAACGCCGUAAUCGUCCGAGGGCGGAGAAAGUAUCUGACGAAGUUUCAAGGUGCUUUCGUGGCGGUUAAAACCAGCGAGCGAAAUAUUCGAAGGAAACCACAAUUGAUGAGAUAGAGAUCGAUUACCGACAAAGUAAUACCGUGAUCUAAUUGCGAGAGGGGGGGGAAAAAAACAUUCGAGCAGUUUGCCGAUAAACGAUCACCGUUGAUACGUCGAUGUUAAACUGGGAUGCGAAUAUAGGUAGAUAGGUGUCGGGUACAAAGAUAUAUCGAAUGUCGCCUUAACUACCUGGAGUUACCAUCGGCUCGAGAGAAUCAUUUAAAUUUAACAGCAACGAUUAUAAUAUAGCAAAAAUAGUGAUUUUCGAAGUCUCGCUUGCGCGUGAGAAUAAAUCACUUUCUCGAUACCGAGUGCAUUGACUUGAAAGACGCUCGUGCGAUUCGCGCUGAAUCUUUUCGUAUAGAAUGAUCAUUCCGGUCGAACCGAGGGCACGGAAGAAAAGGGAAGAGGAGGGCAAUGAGGAAGAGGGAGGAAGAGCGGCGGUGGUGGUGGUGGCGGCGGCGCAGCAGCAGCAGCAGCAGCACGGCGUCGAAAAAGGAAAGCCACGCUGAUCAUCCACGACUGGAAGACCUCGGCGUUGCACCUUAGCGCAACGGAGAAGAGGGACGAAAGAGAGAAAGGGAGAGGAAGGACGAAGAGGAAGAUACGGAUAGCGAAAGGGCAAGGAGGGCAAGAAGAAAAGAGUAACAAAGAGUAAAGGGACUGAGAAGGGGAAGCAGAGAAAGGAAGCGAGGAAGGAAGAAAAAGGAAUCCAUAAAUUCACUUUUGUUUCCACAAAUACACCCUUUCGUAAAAUCAGGAUUACCGAGAUUCUUAUUGACUCGGCAGACUCCUCCGUAGAUUCUCGAUCGUGGAUGCAGGCUACUUUUACAUUCACCCACCCCUUUAUUUCUCUUACAUAGACCUUUGUGAUCCGCGAAUACGUCCAUUAAUCUUCGCACGCGAAUGUAUUCGAUACCACUUAGAGAUAGUAUAAAUCUGUAGCGAUUCUACUUCCGCGAGUCGAGGUUGGUCGCGCGCUGCCUCAUGAGGCCCCUCACCUUCGAGAAUCUGAGAAGGCUCGUGAGCCGCAAGAAGGACCGCAACGAGCCCUCCUUCAAGCGCAGCGAGUCCUUCAAGAGGAUUUCUAUUAGAAAGAGUUAUCUGGACCGGGGUAAACGACGUAAUCGUCUCCAGAAGAAUCUUGAGCCUGCCGUUAAUUCUCCCUCGCAGCCAGCAGCGAACGAUAAGGUUGUUUCUCAACAAAUUAAGGCGCAAGAAUUCAAAAAGGACCAAGAGCGUUCCCUCAGUCGCGAUUCCAUUACCUACGACGAGUGGCUUCAAGGAGUCAGCUCUUCUUCCCGUGAGAAACUUGACGAGGAUCACCUCGAGUCCCUUCAGCAUCCGAAAACCAAGGCCACGAAACUCGCCAAACACAUCGACGCGGAUUCGAUCGUCGAGGAUCUGAAAAUUCUCGAGCUCGACGCCUCGCCCAUUUUAACACCCAAAUCUAAAUCCUUUGGGAUCGUUGCGGAGUUAAGUCGAGAUGAGACGACGAAUGGGCACGAUACUCUUUGGACUCAAGAGUCCUCUGCAGAAGGAUCGCUCAGUGUCAGCAUUAGUCUCGGCAGGGUAUGGAGGGACGCGGUGCCGGUUCCCGUUUCGGUCCCGAUAUCGACUCCUUCCUAUUCCUCUGUCUCGAAUUCGUCAGUUCAUCAUUCUCUGGACAGCGCUCUGAAGGAGAAGAAACCGCAGCCGACUGUCGCGAGGACGGUCUCGGCGCCAGAGAAGCCCGUCAGCAAGGAGACCUCCUCGUCGUCGUCUUCCUUUGGCUUCUCUCUUAGGAUUGCUAGAUUCGCUGAUUUCAGACCAGGGGUGACGCGAAAUGGUCUCUUUCGUCGGAAGACACCAAAGCCAUCGCCAAGCGUGAGCACUGAGGGUUACUUCAAACGAACGAGCGCGUCUAGACAUUCCAAUUCUCGUCGUCGAAGUGGUAAGAGGACUUCUCAGCGCGCCAGCAAGAAGAGUCAGCAAUCUGCGGCUCGCACCAGCAGUCCGGUAUGGUUCGUCCCGCCCGAGAGACGUCGCUCGAGACGUCAACGACGAGUUUGGCGGGAGAUCAGAUACUUCCCCGACGACGAGGGUCCGAUCCUGGAAAGGAUUAACGACUGGUCGUCGAACGUGUCGGACGAUCAGUUCGACGACCAGAAGCUGCUGCUAUCAGGUGAUUUCAAUGAGCGUCGGGAAGAUGACGCCUUGAACUCGAUUGUUUCAUCGUCCCUGGGCUCUUUCUCUGCAACGUCGUCCUCGUCAUCGGCUUGUCCAGCUCCGAAAAUCAGCGACUUUAACGAGGACAAGCUGUUCUCCGAGGAGCUAAGGACCAACGGUCUUCUAGUGCGCGGGGCCACUUGGAAGCUUUCGGCAACGACGACGACGACAGCGACAACGGCAACGACGAUGACGACGGUGCCAAUUGCGGCGCCGACGAGAACGAUCAUUUCUGGCAAUUAUUUCGCCAGCAGUCAGUUUCUCACCUUCCUAGCCAAGGACGUUAUCAAGGAAAGGUCGAAACACGAAGGCUCUAACACGGGCUACAGAUAUCUCUCGUCGACCGACAGUGAGGACGACGAUCGCUUCAACGAGCGCAGGAAAAAUUUGCCGCAGCAGCGACAGUAUUUAAAGAGGCAAAAGUCGGGACUCAGGAGGAGGCCCCUGCGCCGAAAAUCGCAAUUGAGAAGAGCAUCCGGUCAACCGGUAUUCCUCGUACGCAAAUGCUCAUCCUUGAGGAAACGUCCUAGAGAUAUUACGCAGAAGGGUUAUGAAAAGAAACGGACGCGUCUACUUCAGCAAUACGCUUCGAAGCAGAUAGGCGGUCGACUAGCGCCCGGAGGAAUUGCCAGUCCCCCGGGUUCUGGCGGCUCCACAGGGAACACCGGGAACUCGAACUCGGCUGCUGCAGCGGCGGCAGCGGCGGCGGCGGCGGCAGCUAGACGCGGUAAUCGCAGACUCACACGCAAUGAAAGCCGUUACCAUUCCGAGGUGCGCCAGGAGGCGGUGCAGCAAGCCUUGGCGGCGAUGCAGGGACGGCCGAAGCCAUCCUUGCCAAUGCCGUCCAAAAGAACCUCCGUGAUGGCUAGAAGCCCCGAUCGGGAGAGACGCGACAGCGGCGAAUCCAGCAGCGACGAGGACAGCGUCGUCACCGAGGAGAGUCCAGGCGCGGGUGGUCCAACCGGCACCGGUCUUUCGGAUACCAGCAGUACCGGUUCCGCUCGCGACACUCCACCGCCGCCCAGACCACCGGCCAGGAGGCCGCCUGGCGCGGACAUCACCGACAUCGCCGAGUACACGCCACACGCCUAUUGCAACAUUCAACCACCGGAUGUUACCCAUGUGACGAGCAGUACUCCGGUCGGACAACAGCAAUCGGCGACGCGGCGACCUGGCGCCGACCGGGUGAACCGUUACGCGCAUGUGGUCGAGGAUCAGAAUAGCACUGGCACCACCGGUCGCUGGAAGGUCUCCGCAAAGAUCCAGCAGCUAUUAAACACGUUGAAACGGCCGAAGCGUCGGCCGCUACCAGAGUUUUACGAGGACGACGACAUCGAGCUGGAGAUCGCGGCGAAUCCGAAGGAUCCAAAUGCUCCCAAACCCGAAGGCGGUUCCAUGACGUCGGCGGUGGGCGAGGCGCUAUCGGUGCCGUCGGGUUUACCGCGAUCUCUCGAGGCCGCCAUUCAGAGGUACGGCUCGGCGACGUACAAAGCACCAGUGGCCACCGUUCUGGAUCCUAAUGGCAAGCUUUGCGUAACGCUCACGUAUGGGAAAUUGCUCAGUCGCUCUCACAAGAUUGCCUAUACCCUUCUGAAUAAGGCUCUAAGUCGUAGCGGAGAUUGCUGCCUGAAACCUGGCGACAGGAUCGCCCUGGUUUAUCCGAACAACGAUCCGAUCAGCUUCAUGUGCGCCUUUUACGGCUGUCUUCAGGCUGGUAUCGUGCCGGUGCCCAUUGAAGUACCUCUGACCCGUCGUGACGCGGGUUCGCAACAGAUCGGUUUUCUCUUAGGAAGCUGUGGAAUUCAGGUGGCGUUGACUAGCGAAGCGUGUCUGAAAGGUCUACCGAAGACGGCAGCCGGCGAAGUGGUAACCUUCAAGGGCUGGCCAAAACUGCAGUGGUUUGUUACCGAGCAUCUAGGCAAAACGCCCAAGGAUUGGUUGCCACCACCGCGACUUACCGAUGAUACGCCCGCGUAUAUCGAAUACACCACCGACAAGGAUGGCUCUGUGAUGGGCGUGACCAUUACCAGGGCAGCGAUGAUGUCCCACUGUCGCGCUCUUACACAGGCCUGCGGUUACACUGAAGGCGAGAAUGCUGUCUGCGUGCUAGACUUUAAGCGGGAAGUCGGCCUCUGGCACAGCACUUUGACCAGCGUGCUAAACGGCAUGCACGUCAUUUUCAUCCCUUACGCUCUGAUGAAGGUCAAUCCCGCUAGUUGGAUGCAGAUGAUCACGAAACAUCGCGCCAGCGUCGCGGUUGUAAAAUCGCGGGAUCUUCACUGGGGUUUAUUAGCGACUAAGGAUCACAAGGACGUCUCUCUGGCGUCAUUGAGGCUGCUACUCGUUGCAGAUGGCGCAAAUCCCUGGUCUCUCUCAUCCUGUGAUCAGUUUCUCUCGGUGUUCCAGUCCAAAGGACUCAGGCCGGAUGCUGUCUGUCCUUGCGCUUCCUCGAGCGAGGCCUUCACAGUUUCUGUGAGAAGGCCAGGACGCGCAGGAGUGAAUGCGACUGGUCGUGGAGUUCUCUCCAUGUCCGGACUGAGUUAUGGUGUUGUCAGAGUAGAUCAGGAGAAUUCUCUUACAUCGUUGACGUUGCAGGAUUGUGGACAAGUCAUGCCUGGAAGUAUAGUAGUCGUCAUUAAGAUGGAAGGACAGCCAUUUAUUUGUAAGACGGACGAAGUGGGUGAAAUUUGUGUGCACAGUGCAGCGACCGGUAGCCAAUAUUGGGGUUUGCAAGGUCUCACCAAUAAUACCUUCAAGGUGUCGCCCCAACAACUCGACGGUACUGCUUUGGGUGAUGUAGAAUACACGCGUUCCGGCUUGUUGGGUUUCCUCGGCCCUGGUGGACUCGUGUUUGUUUGCGGAUCGCGGGACGGUCUCAUGACGGUGACUGGCAGGAAACACAAUGCCGACGAUAUUAUCGCUACUGUAUUGGCGGUCGAACCAAUGAAAUUUAUUUACCGCGGUAGAAUCGCCGUUUUUAGCGUGAGAGUCCUGAGGGAUGAAAGGAUAUGCGUCGUUGCCGAACAACGGCCUGAUUGCAGUGAGGAAGAGAGCUUCCAGUGGAUGUCUCGGGUGCUGCAAGCUGUCGACUCGAUCCAUGCAGUAGGAAUAUAUUGUCUUGCCUUGGUACCACCCAACUAUUUGCCCAAAACGCCGCUGGGCGGUAUUCAUCUCUCGGAAACGAAACGCCGUUUCCUCGAGGGUGCUCUUCAUCCAGCUAAUGUGCUCCUCUGCCCUCACACAUGUGUCACCAAUUUGCCAAAACCGCGCGAAAUUCAUUCAGCGGGGGAUUCUGUUGCAGAUGUCGGUCCAGCCAGUGUUAUGGUAGGGAACAUUGUCCAGGGCAACCGGUUAGCCUCUGCGCAAGGACGAGAUAUGGGUGUCCUAGACGAGGAUAGUGAUAAUGCCAAAAAGUACCAAUUUAUCUCUGAAAUUCUACGGUGGCGCGCUGUCAGUACUUCGGAUCAUGUGAUAUUUACGUCGUUAAACGCGAAGGGCACCGUCGCUACCUCAUUGUCCUGCUCGCAGUUGCACAAGAAGGCCGAGAGGAUCGGGAAUCUACUCUUGGAUCGAGGAAGGAUCAACACCGGGGACCAUGUAGCACUCAUUUUCCCACCUGGUACCGAUCUGAUAUGCGCGUUUUACGGUUGUUUGUACGUUGGUGCUGUGCCAGUAACUAUCAGGCCACCUCAUCCACAAAAUCUCCAAACGACCUUGCCGACUGUUCGCAUGAUUGUGGACGUCAGCAAAUCCGUCCUCGUGUUGACUAACCAGAAUCUCCUCAAGUUGUUAAAAACGAAGGAGGCGAACAACGUGGUCGACGUAAAGAGUUGGCCGAUGAUCUUAGAUAUGGACGACAUGCCAAAGAAGAAGCUGCCGGUGAUGUAUCGAGCGCCUACCGCUGAGAUGUUGGCCUAUCUGGACUUCAGUGUUUCGACAACGGGCAUGCUCGCUGGCAUCAAGAUGUCUCACGCGGCGGUCACCUCGCUGUGCCGUGCCAUGAAGUUGGCGUGCGAGCUGUAUCCCUCCAGGCACAUUGCUCUCUGUCUGGAUCCGUACUCGGGCCUCGGUUUUGCCUUAUGGUGUCUUAGCAGUAUAUAUAGUGGACAUCAUUCCAUACUGAUACCACCAUCUGAGGUGGAAGCCAAUCCCGGACUCUGGUUGUCGGCGGUCAGUCAAUUCAGAGUGAGAGACACGUUUUGCUCGUACGGCGUUAUGGAGUUGUGCACUAAGGGACUCGGCUCCUCGGUUAACGCGCUCAAGGCGCGAGGCGUUAGCUUGGCUUGCGUGAGAACGUGUGUUGUCGUCGCCGAGGAAAGGCCACGGAUAGCGUUAACGACGAGUUUUAGCAAGCUGUUUUCCGCACUCGGGCUGAGUCCGCGCGCAGUCUCCACCUCAUUUGGCUGCAGAGUAAACACUGCCAUUUGCUUACAGGGAGCAUCCAGUCCGGAGCCUUCAACAGUCUAUGUGGACCUUCGUGCGUUACGUAACGACCGAGUGUCAUUGGUGGAACGAGGUAGUCCGCAUUCUCUGUGCUUGAUGGAAUCGGGCAAACUACUGCCCGGCGUGAAGGUAAUCAUCGCAAAUCCCGAAACCAAGGGUCAAUGCGGCGACUCGCAUCUAGGCGAGAUCUGGGUACAGUCGUCGCACAAUGCGAGCGGUUACUUCACGAUCUAUGGCGACGAGAGCGAUUACGCUGAUCAUUUCAAUGCGCGGUUGGUUACGGGCAAUACAAGCGAGGUCUAUGCGAGGACCGGUUAUCUUGGCUUCCUGAGAAGGACCGAGAGUGUUCAGCAGUCGGUGAUCAGCGACGUGCCUGGUGAUACUAACAAUGUGCCCGAGGCUGAUCUUGUGCCGAGUGAUCCGGAACUUCACGACGCCGUAUUCGUCGUCGGCGCUCUCGACGAGGCCAUCCUACUGCGAGGUAUGCGUUACCAUCCGAUAGACAUCGAGAACAGUGUUAUGCGGUGUCACAAGAAAAUCGCAGAAUGCGCUGUGUUCACAUGGACCAAUCUUCUAGUGGUAGUGGUAGAAUUGGACGGUAGCGAAAGUGAGGCCCUCGAUCUUGUGGCUUUGGUGACGAGCGCUGUGCUUGAGGAACACCAUUUGGUGGUCGGCGUGGUAGUUGUAGUGGACCCCGGUGUGGUACCCAUUAAUUCACGCGGUGAGAAACAACGGAUGCACUUGCGCGACGGCUUUCUCGCGGACCAGCUCGAUCCUAUCUACGUGGCGUACAAUAUGUGAACGAGUGUGCGAGAGAAAGUUCUCACCCUCUCCGUAUUCCGCCCUCCCGAUCGCCGACAAUUCUUAUUCGAUGUGUUGAGACUGCAGUGGAACUUCAUUCACAAGGACGAUUCACGCCAAAUAUAACGAUGGAACAAACGACUUUAGUAAAUGUUCUAGGUUUCAUCUGUUUUACUUGAUUUUUUUUAUAGGAGUUUUAUCGAACCAUAAAUACUGCUUUAAAGUUUCCAAAUUCGGAAUCGGUGGAUUUCAUUAUCAGAUUUAUAAGUCUACAAACUUUUAAAUCCUUUUUCACAGAUCUUUAGCCAAUGAAAUACGCACUUACCGGCAUCCGUUUAAUCUGUGUACAAGAUUUGUUAUUGGAACAAAAAAAUGGAGUAAAAGAUAAACGAGCGGAAGUAUCGUGAGAGAUGAAGUUCUACUGUAUGUAUCGAAGAAUGUUAACGCACCCCAGCAAAUAUUACUGGUAAAAGGUACGUAUGUACAAAGUUGAAACUUUUUUAAAAUUCGACUGCCACAAAUCCUUGGAACUGAUUAAAUCGAAAAAUCAGUAUUACAUUACAUAUGUUAUAUACAAAUAAAAAUCGGCGACAAAUUAUACAGUCGACGAUAAAUCGUAAAUCAUCAGCUGGGCAUAAACCUCUCCCGAGAUUACCUUCAAUAGACAUAUUUUCGGGAUCGCAGUUCACCAACGUUCCGAUAUCCAGCAGAAUUCGACACGAAAUAUUCAUUGCAUCUUUCGAUUGUUGAAGGUUUUUUUAUUCAUUUCUAUAAUGAUAAAAAUUGAUCAAUGGUCAAUUUAAUUUCGCUGCAUUCAAUCCUUGUAUUUGCGAAAUAAAGGAUGCAUGAAAAUUUCGACAGUAUUAAGCGACACGCACAAAACCACAGUUUUAUAUUUACAAUUUAAGCCAAAGUCUAUGUACACGUUGUAUCGUAGCACGCGCAAACAUGCCGAUGUAUUCUUACAUUGGUUACAACUUCGCCGUGUGAAAAACAGCCCCUCUCGUUGACGGGAGCAACGAAAGAUUUCGUCGCAAAGACGAUUUGACAAUAUUCGUUUACAAUAAUCCUUUUAUGAUUGUUAGUCGUACGUGUUUUUAAGAUUAAGUAGCAGUCGAAUGUAAUACUUAUUCAGAAUCUUGGUUCUCCCAAUUUCGUCCGCACAAACGAAUAUGAUAACGUAACUAGCUCGAGCUCGCGUACAAGGAUGUAGAUACUUUGUGUAAUAUCGACUUUAGGGCUGUCAUUUGUUUUCUUCUCCAUUUUAAUCUUUUGUCGAAAAAUCGGAAACGUUAAUCAGACAGCAUGGCCUACUACUUAGACAUAAAGAUAAGAUUAGAGGUGGUUUUGGUGAAAAGGGAAAUAAUAUAAUGGAAAAUUUAUCACAAGGAAAACUUGAUAUCGACAUUUUGUACAAAAAUAUUCAAACAAUUUUAUACACAGACUGAUUAAACUCUUACGAUAAAGCAAGAGAGUAAACUAGUGUAAAGGAGGGAGAGAGAGAGAGAUUUCUCUCUCUUUCUUUUUCUUUUCAAUCUAAAAACUUUGUCUAAAAACUCUGUCUAUAAAAGUGAGACGUCAAGCCCAGAAGUCGAUCGCGAUUGAUUUUUCUUACGAGUUUCUUUACUCGUGGAUCUUUUUUAUGGAUAUAUACAAUUGUUGAUAGCUCUUUAAUUUAAUAUCUUUUAAACAUAUGACAUGGUAUGGUGUACACAGCAGAUAAUUGCAUAUUGUUGUGAUUAUUAUGAGACAUCGCGAUUAAAAUAUGUAUUUGCACUUAAAGGACAUUAAUUGUUGCGAAUAUUACCUUAUUAGAAAAACAUCAUUUUUAUUAGCGAUAUCAAUUCUUUAUAAAUGUUUCCGUUUUUCCAUUUUUAUAAUCGUGUUGUUUGUUUCCUCUUUCCAUUUUGAACUCGAUCGAAUUUAAUUCACGCCAAGGAAAUAGGCUUUGGAGAAAGGAAGAAUAAUUCUGCAUUAAUGCAACGUCAACGUAUAUUUAAGAAAAUUUGACGUCUGUGAGCUACUUACGACAUUUACGUGAAAAUGUGAUUGAGCGUCCGCUAACAAUCGCAAGUAUUUAUCGGCGACAAUUUCGUCAGUGCAAUAUACACACAUGGCAUAGUGAUUUAUAAGCGCUUGCGGAAUAUGAUAACUAACUCGUAUCGAACUCUUGAUGGCUGUACACAGGCGGCUUUGUGUAAAUACGUAAUAUGAAAAAGAGACGUCUCUCUCUUCCCGCAUGCUUCCCUGUUUUGCGAGCUGUUUUACUUUUCCUCUUUCUCGUUAAUUUGUUUUUUUUUUAUAUUUCUUUCCUGUCUUUUCGUUGUUGAACCACAGUGCCAUGUUGCCUUGCGUUACUUCCACACUUUUACGCACGGAAAAAUGCAUAUCCGUAAAUAGCCGCAUUUGCACAGGCUCGAUUGCACUGAUUAACCGUCACUAGAGUUUUGUAUCCUUUUUUUAAUUCUAAUUUAUUACAACUACGUGUUAUCGUUAUAAUCGUAAUAUAAACGAAGAAAAAUACAAUUUUAAUAGCACAGCUAUUCAUCUUAUUGUUAGUCAACUAUUUAAUCACAUAACUGAUCUCAUCUUGCCCUUAAUCGGGUCACGAUUUCUUACAUACCCAGUGUACAGAUGAUUCCUGUCUAAUCCUAUUAGAAAUUUGUAAAUAUUCUUAGCAAGUUUUUUUAAAAGCUAAUAAGUAAAUUAGCCGUGUGUGAUCAAUUGACAAGUAUAAUUGGCGUAAUAACAAGACGAAUUUUUAACCGGAUCACAAAUGUGAAUUAAAUAACUAAAAUUUGUUCUUUACUUAUUAUAGCACAAAAAAGGGUAGAGUCUUUUUAUAGAAUUUAAUUCCAGCCGUAUAAAUUUCGAAUUUUAUAAUGCAAAUGCGUCAUAGCGUUACCUCGAAAUUCACCUUUUUAAUCUUUUCAAGCGAGAAACGUUUCUCCCGAAAAGGAAUUUAUACGCGAGGAUACAAUAAUGAGUAUUACUCGUAGAUUUAAAAGAGAGAGUCACACUAAUACAGAUAUUGUCUAGAGCACCAAACGAUUCUCGCCAAGAUUUGGAUUUUGAGACACUUUCUAUCGAGCUUGUAAUAAUGCCGAUCGAUUUCUUUCUCCGUGCGUGGAAGAAAUUAUAUAAUACGCAGAUACCUCCCCGAGAAAUGUGCAAUGAACGAUUUUUACAUUGAACAACAGGCGGCUGUCAUUAAAGCAGUAAUAAUGUAACGACAAGCCGUUGGAUACUUGGAUCCUUCGGUCCUUGACUCGAUGGAUUUGUGGUUCUAGGUAUAAUCAUAUUUAACCCUUUUGCGCGCGUGCGACUAUAUGAAGGAACGUUUUAUAAGAACUUUGCAAGCAGGUAUUUUAAAAUCGUAGACCAUAAAUACAAUCGUAGGCUACGGGGAGGGUCAAGCGAAAGGGUUAAGUAGCGUAUCGAUGUAAGAGAUUACUGGAUCCUCGCGGAUUCUCGCAGAGUCUCCUCGAGCUAUUCUCAUAUCUGGAAACAUUCUAUUGAAAUGUCUGUAUGUGCGAUUAAUCCACUAGCGCCCGAAAUCUUUUUCACCGAAAAUUUUGUAAUAAUAAAUAAUUGGACCGGAAGGAUAAUAUCGCAUUAGAAAUAGAAGAGAAGUGCGAGGAAGCUGGGCGUUAACGGAUUGAUUAAUCUUGCGAUUUAUGUAAGUCGGAAAUGUUGUUUCUCUAUCGAGCGCAUUUAAUUUUAGGAGGGAACAUCCUUACAAUUAGUCGCGCUUAAAAGUGAAGAGCGGUUUUGAACCUGGUCAAGAUAAAGUAUACACGAUGCGAUAUAUAAAUAACCAUUUAUACUACGAUGCAUACGGAUAAUCGACCGCAAUUAAUCACUAUGCAAUCACUAUGCAACUUGGAAAGGAGUUUUAUAUUAAAAUGUUACGUGCCACUAUAUAAUACCAAUAACAAUUUUCGUUGGUUUUAUACGUAAUCGCGCAUAUGUUUUUAUCCUACAUCGGAGCAUGACCGAUGCACCAGACGAGCUAGGAAACUCCUCGAUGAAAGGGUCCUCGCGUAGUCCAGCUAGCGCAGAUCGAGUACAUGCGUGCGUGCGUAUGAGUGUGAGAUGACUUGGUUGUACUAUGUAUAAAUGUCGAUAAUUAGUUGAUAGGAAUGUAGCAUAGCGUGUCGGUGCGUGUCGCGCGGUUGAAAAGGCCGAAAGUCGAGGAGAGAGGAUCUGCAGCUAGCGUAGGACGCAGGAUCCGCCGAUCCCCAAGCUCCAAUCCUAGAAUCUGGAGCCGAUCUGCGAAUCGAAACCUGGGCCAGCACGUGGUCUAAGGCUGUGUAUAUAGAAAAUGACGCCCCGCGUUAGAAUUUAUUAAGGUAUAUAGUUUGUACGUUGAGCUAUAUAUAUAUUAUAUAUAUUAUAUACAUAUUAUAUUAUUAUUAUUAUCAUCACGAAUAAUAUAACGGUCACUGUCUUUACCAAGCCGAUAGCAUCAUCAUGCCUCAUGUAUCACAUUAAACGGACGUAUUAAUA